CCGAGCCCGAGCCCUCCCGCCGCUCCGCCCGCAACGUCCGGCUCUUCCUGCGCCGCUUCUGCCAGGACUUCCUGCAGGACUGCUACAACCGCCUGAUGCUGCUGGUCAAGGACCAGCUGGUGCGGGAGAAGGCUCAGCAGCACGAUGAGACCUAUUACCUGUGGGCCACCGCCUUCUUCAUGGCCUUCAACCGGCUCCACGGCUUCCGCCCCGAGCUGGUGUCCGAGACCGUGGGGGUCCGAGCCUUCCACUUCAUCGAGCAGAACCUCACCACCUAUUAUGAGAUGGCACUGAUGGACAAGAAGGAGGCAACAACCUGGGCCCGCAGGAUGCACUUGGCCCUGAAGGCGUACCAGGAGCUGCUGCGGACGGUGCAGGAGAUGGACCGGUCCCCGGAGCAGGCGGUGCGGGACAGCAGCCACAUCAUCAAGAGCAACAUCUUCUACCUGAUGGAGUACCGGGAGCUCUUCCUCACGCUCUUCCGCAAGUUCGACGAGACCAAGCAGCCGCGCAGCUUCCUGCGGGACCUGGUGGAGACGGCCCACCUCUUCCUCCGCAUGCUGGAGCGCUUCUGCCGCGGCCGUGCCAACCUGGUGGUGCAGAACAAACGCGUGCGGAGGAAGAAGAAGCCUCGUGCUCCCACGGCCCCCGCCCCGCCGAGCGCCGCCGAGCUGGAGCAGCUGUGGGAAGGAUUGGCCCCGCGGCUCCAGGCCUGCCUGCAG